CUGUUCUUUCAGUUCCUUGAAAGCUUUUUGAUAUCGGUUACUGUGGACAUAUUUGGAAGCCUUCGGCAGGAUGGUGCUGACCCGGCUGAAAACAAAAUCAGACGGGAAGCUUGCAAAACAGAUUUGCAAAGCUGUGUUGGAUCAUUUUGAAAAACAGUACUCCAAAGAACUUGGAGAUUCCUGGGAUACAGUAAGGGAUAUACUAAUAUCUCCAUCAUGCUGGCAGUAUGCUGUCCUGCUUAACCGAUUCAAUUAUCCUUUUGAACUGGAAAAGGAUUUACAUUUGAAGGGUUAUCACACACUUUUUCAAGGAUCUUUACCUUACUGUUCUCAAUCAAUGAAGUGUUACCUUAGCAGAACUCCAGACCGAAUGCCUUCAGAAAGGCAUCAGACUGGAAACCUGAAAAAAUAUUAUCUUCUAAAUGCUGCCUCUCUUCUCCCAGUACUAGCUCUGGAAUUAAGGGAUGGGGAGAAGGUUCUGGAUUUGUGUGCUGCUCCUGGGGGCAAAUCAGUAGCUCUGCUGCAGUGUGCUUGUCCAGGUUAUCUUCAUUGUAAUGAAUAUGAUAGUCUGAGAUUGAGGUGGUUGAGGCAGACAUUAGAAUCUUUCAUCCCACAGCCUUUGAUAAAUGUAAUUAAAGUGUCUGAAUUGGAUGGCAGAGAAAUGGGAGAUGCCCAGCCUGAAACGUUUGACAAGGUAUUAGUUGAUGCUCCAUGUUCAAAUGAUCGAAGUUGGUUGUUUUCUUCUGAUUCUCAGAAGGCGGCCUAUAGAAUAAGUCAAAGGAGGAAUUUGCCUGUUCUACAGGUAGAGCUCUUAAGGUCUGCAGUUAAGGCCUUACGUCCUGGAGGGCUACUUGUAUACUCCACAUGCACACUUUCCAAGGCAGAAAAUCAAGAUGUGAUCAGUGAAAUUUUAAACUCCCACAAUAACAUCAUGCCUAUGGACAUUAAGGGAAUAGCAAGUACUUGCUCCAAAGACUUCACAUUUGCUCCUACUGGCCAGGAAUGUGGACUUUUGGUGAUUCCAGAUAAAGGCAAAACCUGGGGCCCAAUGUAUGUAGCCAAACUGAAAAAAUCAUGGAGCACAAGAAAAUGGUGACAUGUGUUUUGUAAACCAUGUUGAUGUAUUAUUAUAUUUAUUUUUCUGUGCUUUCUAUAUGUUAAUAUUUAAAUAAUUAUGCAUCACAUUCCCUGAGUUCUUUGGAAUCCUGUUUAGUUAAUACUAUAGCAUCUCAGAAUCUAGGCUUGAGAAUUUUUCAUGUGUAUUUUUUUCCUAGAAAUCUAAGUGUAGCAAUAUUUAGGUGGUUCGGAUGGUGUUUGUUCUGUAUAAUAAAUCUGUCUUUUACUUGGCAUUUUAUAGUUAAACUAAUCAGAAUAUAUGGUAUUAUGCAUAAAAUAUUUAGAGCUACAUUCUAUACAUAAUGUUGGUGCUUUGAAUCUUUAAAAAUAUACAUUUGCCUGCGCUCUUCCCUUUUCCUCCUUAUCAAAUGUACAGAUUCUUUCAGGUCCCCCCCCCCCCUCCUUUUUUAUAAGAACUGAUUGGUAUUCUGAGACUAACUCCUUAAGCAGCACUAUUUCUAGUUCUCGCAAAAUAGGUUUCUUAAUUUGUGAAGUUGCUUUCCAUUAAAGCCUAUCUUCUGUUUACUUCAAAGGUCAGUGACUCUGUUGACACCAGUUUUAUUUUUUUUUCCCUCCAAUUUUUUGGUAUUCACAAAUACAAAUUGAAAGGGUAAAUUAUUUUGAAAGGCCUUUAAACCAGCAGAUUCACAUGCACAUGUUUGACUUUCAACAUUCAGCUUGUAGAAUAAUGGAGUCUAUCCAGCAGGCUAUAAAGCAAGUACUUGAAACAAAAUCAGAAUGAUUAAUAACUGCAAUAAGUGAACUAUAUUUGGAGGGUUUUGUUACAUAAUUGCAGUCAUAAUGAGAACUUUGGAAUCUGAUUAUCUUACAGUUGCAAUCUGGAGGGGCUUUUUAUUUCACUCUGUUAUAAAAUUUUAUAUGAGAGUAUGACAUCACAUAUUAAUGCACAAGGGGGAGAUGCCUAAUGAAGAGUGGAUUGUGCUAGUACCAAAACGUACUACCAUUUACUAAGUUGCUCUUCCUAUUUACAUAUAUCCUGGGAAUAUUGUGUACAUUUCUUUAUAUGUACUUAGGGUUUUUAGCUUUAGUUUUGAAUCAUGCAUUUUCUCCAGAAUUACUUCACUUAGAGUACAAACAAAUUUGUUUUAACAGGAAAAACUGUGCAGCAUACUUCAAAAGAUUAUAUCUAUUUGUAAAUUAGAUACUUUAAAAAACUUUUUCUGAUUUUAGAAAUAUAAAAUUCUGCUGAAGCUGAAUACUUUUGGAUUUUUCUUUACAUUCUGUGCAUUUUGAAUAAAGGCUAUUUUUGCUCACUCUUUUUUGUUUUGAGAUCCUGUAUAACUGGGUUCAUAUAGUUGGGAAGUACUAGCCUAUGAAGAAUGUUUUAUUGUACCCUCAUUCCAUUAGCCAUUUUUUAAAAAAAAAAUCUAACCAAUAAGUUUAAAGUAAAGCUAGAUCUCUCAGACUCAAUCAAGUAUAUUAAGUUAAUACAGAAGAUUAAUGAUGGAAAAGUUGCGUUUUUUUUUUCUUUUCAGUUUAUGCUUAUCAGUUUGAUUUUUCUAUUUGAAAUCCUUUCUUCAGAUACUAGAGGUUUCAAAAGUGGAUUUCUUCUGUGUACUUUAAUCACAGAGUAAAUUUUCACAGUGCA